AUGAGGAGGCGGCGGCGGGAGCCGAGAGCGGGGCCCGGAGCGGCGCCGGCGCUGCUGCCGCUGCUGCCGCUGCUGCUGCUGCUACUGCCGGGCGGUCACUGGGCGGUGGCAGCAGAAGAUGACACAGUGCCGUGUGGGACCCCGGUGCUGCGGCGCGUGGUGGGGGGGCGCGGGGGCCAGGAGGGGCAGUGGCCCUGGACGGUCAGCGUGGCCUUCAGGGGGCGCCACGUCUGCGGAGGGGCCCUGAUCGCCCCCGCCUGGGUCCUGACGGCCGCACACUGCUUCCCACCGGAGAAUCCCCUCCCCGAGUACCGCGUGACGCUGGGGGCGCUGCAGCUCCUGUCCCCCCCCGCCGACGCUCAGGUCAGGGCCGUGGCCUGGGUCGCGCGCCACCCGGCCUAUGGCGGUGACGACAUCGCGGGGGACCUGGCGCUGGCCCGGCUGGACCCCCCCGCCAGCCCCUCGCGCUUGGUACGGCCCGUGUGCCUCCCCGCCGGCGGCGUGACCUUUGACCCCGGCAUGAACUGCACCGUCACCGGAUGGGGACACGUCCGGACGGCCGUGCCACUGCCACCCCCCAAGACGCUGCAGCAGCUGGAGGUGCCCCUGCUGAGCCAGCGCCACUGCCGCUGCCUCUACGCCCUGGGGACAGCGACAGCGACAGCGACAGCGCCGGGGGACGGGCUGGGGACACCCGCGGGGGACACCAUCUGUGCCGGCCUCCCGCAGGGACAGCGCGACGCCUGCCAGGGUGACUCCGGGGGUCCCCUCAGCUGUCGCCUGGCUGGCACCUGGCACCUGGCGGGGGUGGUGAGUUGGGGCGACGCCUGCGGGGUCCCCGGGCGCCCGGGCGUCUACACGGGGGUGUCCCCUCACCUCUCCUGGAUCCUGUCCCUCGUCCCCGAGCUGGCCCCUCGUGAUGUCCCCAACGAUGUCCCCAAUGUCCCCAAUGAUGUCCCCAAGGGCAGCGCGGGAGCGCCCGCGGGUCCCUGCGGGCUCGGGGACGUCCCCCCGGGGUGGCCUCGGCCGCUGGCCCCGGGCCCGGCUGGGGACGCGGGGGGGGGCGGCGCCGGGGGCGGCACCGGGGGUGGUGGUGAUGGCAAUGGGGGUGGCACUGCUGCGGGUUUUGGGGUGAAAUGGGAGAAAUUUGGGCAAAAUUUGGGGUGA